GUCUGCUGUGGGGAAACAAAGGCGGGGUGGUGGUGGUGGUGGUGGUACAAGUUGCUGCACUGGCACUCGUACGUCCCUCCGUCGUGAUACUCAACCACUCAACCCUCCACCAUCAUGUCCUUCUCAUACCCACCUCAAGGAAAGACCGCCAUCAUCACCGGUGGCUCGUCAGGGAUUGGUCUAUCGUGCGCCAAGGCUCUCGUCGCAGCAGGAUGGAAUGUAGUCGUGUCCGGCCGACGUGAAGCUGCUCUACAAACAGCAGUCCAGGAGAUCGAGGCGACCUCCAAUUCGGCCACGGCUUCCGGUAAAGCUGCCUACCUGGCAGGCGAUGCUUCCAAGGAGCAAGACGUCAUCGACCUAUUCGACUUUACCGUCAAGACGUUUGGCACCGUCUCCCUCGUCUUUUGCAAUGCUGGCAUUAGUCCCCCAGCUACCCUGAUUGAGGAUUCCAACUUUGCAGACUGGCAAGCAGCGGUCAACACAAAUCUGUCUUCGACCUUCCUUUGCUCUCGCGAGGCCUUCCGAAAGAUGAAGGACAAUGGCGGAGGGAGGAUCAUCAUCAAUGGAAGCAUCAGCGCUCAUGUGCCUCGGCCAGACUCAGCAGCCUACACGGCCUCGAAGCACGGCGUGACCGGAUUGACCAAAAGUCUGGCCCUAGACGGCAGAAAGUACAACAUUUCCCUCUCUCAGAUCGACAUCGGCAAUGCCUCUUCAGACAUGACGACCAAGAUGACUACGGGACCAGGCGUGAAGCAGGCCGAUGGAUCCUUCAAGCACGAGCCCGUCAUCUCCAGGGAUAUUGUAGCUGCAGAGGUCAGGAGCAUCGCCGAGCUGCCAUUGGAGGUCAGCAAACUCUGGGUCACCAUUCUUGCCUCGGGAAUGCCGAGCAUGGUGGGAAGGGGCUAGUCAGAAUUCAAUUGGUACCUAGCGUCAUCCUCAUCCUUUCUCGUCGUCAAGGUCAUUGUCACACAUGAGCGAAGCGGAAGUGAAAGUUUUGGUAUUGAGCUAUGAUGCCGUGAGAGUACCAUCUAGCGUGUUGUAGACUCUUCCAGAUAGCCCAUUAGUAGCCAUUGACUGUGUCUACCAAGCCUUCAAAGGCACCCUUUCCAUCCAACAGUGCCUUUGCAUUCCUAGCGAACCUUGCCGCAAGCAGAGGUGC